AUGGCAGCGGCGCUAAGUCCAACUGAUCCCAGCUCUUACUCGGAGACUGCGAAAUGUCAGGUCACUUCGCUUCACUGGGACGUGGCUAUCGAUUUUUCAACUCAGACUAUCGUUGGUUACGUUGAUCUAUCAGUGGAAAAGAAAGUUGAGAACCUAGAAGAUUUAGUUUUGGAUGUAAGAGAUAUCACUGUGGAGAAAGUCACAUUACCUGGUAGUGGAAAAGACUGCCAGUUUGAAAUUACCAAUCCCCAAAAUGUAACAUUUGGGUCAAAACUGACAAUAAAGCUGGACUCAGUUAUAGAGAAAAGUUUCACUGUCAGCAUUAAAUACAGAACGUCACCCUCAGCUUCAGCUCUGCAGUGGCUGCGUCCAGAACAAACUGCUGGGAAGAGGCAUCCUUACCUCUUUAGUCAGUGUGAGGCAAUUCAUGCAAGAAGUUUAUUUCCAUGCCAAGACACACCAUCUGUGAAGUUCACAUACACAGCCAAGGUUCGUGCACCAAGGGAAAUAACUGUGCUGAUGAGUGCUGUAAGGGGUGGUGCUGAACCUGCAUCUGAUGAUAGUUCUGACCUGGUUACUACAUUUACAAUGUCAGUUCCUGUUCCAAGUUAUCUUGUAGCUAUCGUAGCUGGAGAUUUGGAGUCCAGAAAGAUUGGGCCAAGGUCCAAAGUAUGGUCAGAGAAGGAGUUUGUGGAUGCUGCGGCACUUGAAUUUGCUGAGACAGAGACUAUGCUACAAACAGCUGAACAGCUGAUGGGGCCGUAUGUUUGGGGCAUCUAUGAUCUGCUAGUGCUGCCUCCAAGUUUCCCUCUUGGUGGAAUGGAAAACCCAUGUCUUACAUUUGUUACUCCAACUAUUCUGGCAGGAGACAGAUCUUUGGCUGAUGUUAUAGCUCAUGAGAUAUGCCACAGCUGGACAGGGAACCUGGUCACCAACAAGACAUUUGAACAUUUUUGGCUCAACGAAGGCCACACUGUGUUUUUCGAGAGGAUGAUCUUGCAGCGGAUGCAUGGAGAACUCCACCGACAGUUACAUGCACAUGAAGGGUUCCUUGAUUUACAAACAAUGGUGGACACUCUGACAAAAGCUGGAAAUGCGCCUUACACAAGAUUGGUUCCUGACCUGAAGGGCGUGGAUCCUGAUGAUGCCUUCUCGAUUGUGCCUUAUGAGAAAGGGUUCUCACUCCUCUAUCACCUGCAGACAAUAUUAGGAGGACCAGCUGUCUUUGAAGCAUUCCUGAGAGCUUAUGUUGAAAACUUUAAAUACAAGUCCAUUACUACGGAAGACUGGAAACAGUUUUUGUAUACUUACUUCUCAUCAGAGGAGGAUCACAAGAAGCUGGACACAGUUGACUGGGAGACUUGGUUUCAUGGCCUUGGCAUGCCCCCUUAUCAGCCAAACUAUGACUUGAGACUUGCUGAACCAGGCAGAGUUUUAAGUAAGAGGUGGAUAGAACAACCAGAUGAUGACCUGAAUGUUUUCUCUCCUGGAGACAUCAAUAAUCUCCCAAGUAUUGUCAUCAGAGAAUUCCUUUCACAGCUCAUCUUGGCAGAGCCACCUUUGUCACAGGCGAAGGUGAAACACCUGGAAAAGGUGUACAACUUUAACAAGGUUCGGAACUCUGAGAUACGGUUCAGAUGGCUGAGGUUGUGUCUGCUGGUGAAAUGGGAAGAUGCUAUACCUCAUGUUCUUGAUUUUUUGAAUGAUCAAGGAAGGAUGAAAUUUGUGAGACCCUUGUACAGAGACCUGUAUGCUUGGGAGGAAGCUAGGCCAAAAGGUGUUGCCAAUUUCCUUGAACAUCGCCAAGAAAUGCAUAAUACAACAGCAGGGCUUGUGGCCAAAGAUCUGAAACUGGAAGUCUAG